AUGGCAGAUCAGAUCUACUCAAUGUGUUGGCCUGCGCCAAGUCAAUCCUCGCAGUACCAAAGUGAUUCUGAACAACAUACUCUUCAACAUCCAAGACUUCCUGUUACAUCGGGUAAUGUUGAUCAUUUUCUUUUAUUUCACUGGCAUUUUCUUAACUCAUUAAGUCGCAGGCUGUAGUAAAGUUUCCUCCCCCCGAAGUUGCAAGCAAUAUGGGGAAUUCUUCAUUAAAUUCAAAGGCAAUCACUGAAAUGGCAAUAACUCAGAGACAAUUUGAUAAAAUGUUCUGAUUUUUUGCAUCAAAAAGAAUGAUUAUGAUUGAUCAAUUUUAAUUUUAGUUUAAAUAUAUCGUUAGAUUUUUUUGUGAGAUGAGAAUUCUUGGUUUGUGUGAAUUUAAGGCCCUGACAUUUUGUUUCUUCAUGACACCCAAUAUCUGAAGUGCAAUUAUAAUUCCAUAACUCUACAUAAAUGGGCACAUAUUUUUUUAUUCCUGGAUUGGUACACAUUUAUUAUGUGAAGGAACACAGUGAACCAGGGAAAAUUCACCCCAUACACUCAAUUAUGCUUAAAUUAAACCUGGAAGGUCAGGGGCAUAGCCAGCCCCAAAUAAAGGGGGGGGGGGAGGUAGGGAGUCCAGCCAUCCAUCCCACCUAGAUUUCAUUUAGUCCCGCAACUAACUUCCUUGGCCUUUUCAGGAAGUAUGCUGGAAUCAAAUAGUCUUGAGGUUGUUCCCAUGGCGACAGACUCUCAUGCAGCCACAUCACAAGAUGGCAACUUCAAGCGACCUGGCUACUGUGUGAAUGGCAAACCUAUAUCCCUCAGUCACUUGGAACAGCAUGGCCUUGAGAUCGAGGUACCAUCAGGCAUGGUCAUGGCUGGUGCCAAGUCACCAUUACUUGGUAAAACUAUCCUGGUCACAGCUGUCAACAAGAGAUUCCUGCCAUGUGACAGCAGCACUCCUACAGUUCUGGGAUUUUCAGGUUGCUGUGUUGGGUGUGGAGAUGCUCACUUCCGCUACUUCACAGAGUUUGCAACCCACAUCAAUCUUGUGCUUGCAACACAACCCAAGAAACAAAAGCAUCUCAAGUUUUAUAUCGUCAGAGAUAAUUUGGGUCGCCUGUGUCGAGGACCUCGUAUCCUUUGGAGAGGAAUAUGUACGUAUGUUUCGUGUUUGAAUCAAUUGAGUUGUAAUGUGCCCAAAUUUUGCCCUACUCUGGGAUAUUUUACUCUCUCUAAUACACACGUCAAAACGCACACAAGUUGUAACAAACCUGCAGCAGACUUGUAGCAAUGCUGUUCCAACAACUUGUCAACAGGGUGUGUUCGCACUGCUUGUUCCCAGCUUGUUGACAACUUGCUACAAGGUUGUUGAGCUCAACAGACUUGUUCCAACAACUUGUUAUCAUCCUGCAAUUCAACAAUUUGUCAGCAAGUUGUGAGUGACAACCUUGUAGCAACUUGAUAAAAUAACAGCAUUGUUACAACUUGUUGACAAGUUUGCUACAAGCCCGGUGCAAACACAUCUUGUUGACAAGUUGUGAGAUUUUUUAUUUGUACCAAAUUAUUUUACCCAUUAAGUUGCAUUUCACCCUAAUGCUCCAAUUUGUCAAAAACAGGCAAAUAUGGAAACGAGGCGAACCUGGCAAUAAACGGUAAAGUGUAUUCACAUCAUUUCUCCAGACCGAGACACACCCACUGAGCGAAUAGAUCGGUGGACACACCGGACGCGAUUCGAUAACGCGGCACGAUUUUUCGAUUUUCACUGUGAUCCAGGUUUUUCCAGUAUUUAGAAGCGUUAUAACAUUUUGAGUUAUUUGGUCUACAUAUCUUUUAAAAUUUCCUUUCACUGACUGUUUUAUUAACUUUCAAAAAGUGAAAAAUCACGCCGCGUUGUCGAAUCGUGUCCGGUGUGUCUCGACCUUACCUCUGAUGAGUAAAAUUCGUUUAUACUUUGAUUGAUUCCGCAAUUUUAUUUCACGCUGUAGCAGAUACUCCUCGGAAAAGAACAUUUCCUUUUCCACCGGGCUUCCAAUCAGCGAUCGAGAAUAACGCGUCAUCACACAAGAGCCCUGCCUCUACGUCAUACCUUCCCAUGAUUGGUGGAAGUCAUCAUCCAAUCAGAGAAGGAAGAUCUUCGACUAGUUCACAGUCCUCUUGCGAGAGUGGCUCGUCGUUUGAUCCCUCCGUCACUCCACCCAUGCUGAAACGAAGCCGAGAAGAAUUUGACGGCAAAGAAGGUCAGUUAAUUAAACUACAUUCUGAAAUUCCUCCUGACAUGCCUCGCUUUGUCCAACGCAUAAAUAUACCGCCUUGAGAGGUCUCCAAGGGUUAGUUAGUUCUUUUACGAUUCUCUCGUAGUCUAUAAAGAUAUGGUAAUGAUAUGAGUACUGGCAUUUGUAAAGGGAGUUCUGGUGUUUGAAAAGGUAGUUCUGGCAUUUGUACCAAGUUCUGCCAUUUGUUCUGGCGUUUGAAAACGGAGUUCUGGCGUUUGAAAAGGUAGUUCUGGCGUUUGAAAACCAAUUUCUGCCAUUUGAAAAGGGCGUUCUGGCAUAUGUAAAGGGAGUCCUGGCGUUUGAAAAGGUAGUUCUGGAAUUUGAAAACCAAGUUCUGGCAUUUGUAAAGGGAGUUCUGGCGUUUGAAAAGGGAGUUCUAGCAUUUGAAGACCUUGUUCUGCCAUUUGAAAAGGGAGUUCUGGCAUUUGUAACCCAGAACUCCCUUUUCAAAUGGCAGAACUUGGUAUUUGUAAAGGGAGUUCUUGCGUGUCAUUAGAUUGUAACAUGAUUGUGAACUGUCAUUUUUCUAGAAGAGAUGUUUCCACCUCACGCUUGGCUCGAGACAGUUUGUGGCGUGAGACCCGUCCUAAUACUUGGUUAUCCUAACACACCACCACAUUUCAUCAGCUCUUACAAAGAAAUUAUCGUAUCCGAUAUGUUGCUGGAUUGCUUCCAGUUCUUGAAGAGACCUGCGUCAGCAAGUAAGGAAUCAGCGUUUCAUUACUGAAGCGACCUUUUUUGUCAACAUGGACGCCAUCCGAAAAUUGGUAGAACCAAUACACAAUUCCAGUUAUCGACUAAUUUUUUAUCGAGACAAGAAAGACGAAAUAUAUCAUUAUAGCUCAAAAGAGCAUCCUAAAAUUAGUAAAAUUGCAAAGUUUGGUUGCGAAAUGUUGUAAAAUACGGAAAAUAUAACCCUGUGAAAUUAGCAACUUUUCAGUAUUUUAGUAUUACGCGCGUUAAAAAUAACCACUUUCGGCUCAAAAAUGGUUAUUUUUACCGCGAUAUUUUGCAUCAUAGCGCUCGUGUAAGGAAGCAAAAGACUUUAAAAAUCUUAUAUUUUGUCAUUUGUGUUAAAGAUUACUACAAAGUGACACAAACAAAGUUUUUAAUCCCCCGGCAAUCUGACGUUCCUGUUAACAAAAAUGUCGCUCCCUAUUGUCGACUUUAUGUCUGUUUUCAAAGCGGGAUUCCCAAGUUUUCUGAGAAUAUUCACGAAUGAAUGAUUGAACAUUUGGAUAGUUUGAUUAGCCUGCGAACAGGCUCUCAAGCUGAAUUGAGAGCCUGCAUCGAUGACUAAUGAAUUUGAAUAUCUGCCCCGUAACGUUCGUUUUUCCAAAUAUGGAAUGUCUAUCCUUAUAUGGUGUUGUUUACAACUUUCGUGCAAACUAAAUUUAGACCGUGCAAACUAAAUUUAGACCGUGCAAACUAAAUUUAGACCGUACAGUGUAUACUAUUUUUCGAAAUAUAAGAUAUUCAAGCAAAAGUUUAAAUGUUUUAAAUACUGUUUUCUCAAAACAGAACAUUUUGUGCUUUGAGAUAAGAUGGCCAAGACCAAUUUGAUCAGCUAAUGUGUUUUUUUAUGCAUAGUGCUUCAGCAGUUGACAUACAUAGAGCUCAGCGGAAACAUAUAAAUUAUAGCAUCUGACCAAUGAGAAUUUCGCGUCACGAUUUGAGACGCAGAUAUUCAAAUUCAUUAGUCAUCGAUGCAGGCUCUCAAUUCAGCUUGAGAGCCUGUUCGCAGGCUAUAGUUUGAUAUGCGUCUUUUACAGUAAUUCAUUCAGUCUCUGUCAUACCACAGAUUAAGAACAGAUGUGUAACUUCAGUAAAAAAGUUUAGUACGUCAUUGCUUUCAAAAAUGCUUUCAACACCUUUUCAACAACUUUAAUUGCUUUCAACAACUUUAAACAUUCUACAUUGAUUGUUUAGUCCAAAAAUGUCGAUCCAAAAAGGCCGCAGUAAAGUGCAAAAGUUCGUGUUUUUCAGCAAGUGUCAUGGCGUGAGCAUGACGUGUACAUCUAGGGAAAUUUGAGGACGCGAAGUCCUAUUAAGUUACACAUUUGAUCAUACUUAAUCUGUGGCUACAUGUUAUAAGAUUUUGCUGCAACUUUAUCCCGUCCUUUCAUACGAAUUUUCGAAUCUUCUCUACUCCAGGUCGUGGCCAAUCCAGACCAUUUCAAUCGCCGCCUCACUCAAGCCAUCAAUCACGUGGUACGUUCAAUCAUCCGGCAGAUGUCAGGCCUUCAAGCUCACCGUCCAGCGGUUUCACCCUACCACAACUCUCAGCGAAUGUCGUCAUCAUCUUGAUUGCGCAAUACCUCUCGACGCUCCCCGAGAAUGCGACGAUAUGCAAAGACGAGAUUCAUCAACUCAUUCAGAACAGCAAGGAACUGUUUUGGCAAACACAUCAAGAAAAUUCUACCAUCCAGCCUUUCUUUCUUACCAUAGGUAAACAAUCCUCGCUUGUACUGAAAUACCAUACUAUACAAUACCAAAAAAUACCAUACCAUAAAGGACCAUACAACAAAAUACCUUACCUUACCACAGCAUAGCUGAUAGCAUAGCAUAGCAUAGCGUAGUAUAGCCUAUUAUACCAUACCAUACCAUACCAUAACACACCAUACCAUACCAUACUACACCAUAUCAUACCAUACCAUACACCAUAUCAUACCAUACAGUACCAUACAAUACCAUACUACACCAUAUACCAUACCAUACCAUACACCAUAUCAUACCAUACCAUACAAUACCACACAAUACCAUUCCAUACCACACCAUACAAUACCACACCAUUCAAUGCCAUACCAUACCAUACUACACCAUUCCAUACCAUACCAUACCAUACUACACCAUUCCAUACCAUACUACACCAUUCCAUACAAUACCAUACUACACCAUUCCACACCAUACCAUACUACACCAUUCCACACCAUACCAUACCACACCAUUCAAUGCCAUACCAUACCAUACCAUACCAUACUACACCAUUCCAUACCAUACCAUACCAUACCAUACCAUACCAUACUACACCAUUCCAUGCCAUACCAUACUACACCAUUCCAUACAAUACCAUACUACACCAUUCCACACCAUACCAUACUACACCAUUCCAUACCAUACCAUACCAUGCCAUACUAUACCAUACCAUACCAUACCAUACCAUACCAUACCAUACCAUACCAUACAAUACACCAUAUCAUACCACACCAUACAAUACCACACCAUUCAAUGCCAUACCAUACCAUACCAUACUACACCAUUCCAUACCAUACCAUUCCAUACUACACCAUACCAUACCAUACCAUACCAUACUACACCAACCAUACUACACCAUACCACACCACAUCAUACCACACCAUACUACACCAUUCCAUACCAUACCAUACCAUACCAUACCAUACCAUGCCAUACCAUACCAUACCAUACCAUGCCAUACCAUUCCAUACCAUACCAUACCAUACAUGGUCGUGCAUAAACGACAGAGUUGUUUAAGUAUGUUAAUAAUUUUUAAUAAUAAUGGGUUAUACCAAAAUAGGAGCUUCUAUUAAUUUUUCUUCAACAGAUUCAACAAAUUUGGUUCAUUUCACAAGCGUGGCUACCUUGCCAUCCAAAGGCUCCGUCAAGCUCGUCUCAUCUGUAUUAUCUUUGAAUGACGCAAUCAGCAAGGGCUUGGGUUUCCUGUACCAAAUAUCAAAACACAAUCAACACAGGGAGACCAAGCUACAAGUACCACAUUAUUUACUACUCGUCUCCAGUCCUCCUGCUCAAAGCCCUGAGUUUUGCAUUCUUGUCACCGGUAAGUGUAGUACAGAAACAGUGCUUGGAACACGAGGGUCGAGUAUAGGUAGUAUUCUAUAAUAGACUGUCGUGGUUUGUGUAUGAACUACCUGGAAUUGUAUUUUAUUGUAUUCUAUUGUAUUUUCAGGUGUGAAUCAAUCAAAAUUUAUCCAAGAAAGACUGCUCAAUGAACACUCCAGUUUACUAACGUCAGUUCAGUUAGAGGAGUUUGUCAGUUCUCUGAACAGAGCGUAUCUGAUGGUGAACGCGGCCAUUGACAAUCUCAUGAAACAAGUUGAACAAUCCAUGGUCAAAACGAAACUCGUCUUUUUACCUUUUAACGGAAGCUCGAUCCUUAAAGCGAGUGAGAAAGAGGCCGCGUGCAUGGUGCCAAAGAUGAGCCUGAGGACUAGUUUCAAGGCUCCAGAACAUGACCUCCACGCGCCACAAGUUGCGUCUGCGCAUCAUUUGCUGUCGUGUGUGUUGACGUCAAAAGACGGAGCGCCAUCAUAUGAUUUACGCCAUUUCUCCUCAGUCGAGUUCACUGUUGUUAUUCCACCAUCACAGUCCUACUUUUAUCAAAUCUUACAUCAAGUAGAGAGGUCAAAUGUUCUCCUUGAACUCGGACUCAGUCCUCCGACGCAAUCAAAAGACACUGGCUUCUCUACGGAGCAUGUCAUCCAGUAAGUUCGCCCUCUGUAACGCCUGUAUUCUAAAAGCUCACUCACACUCAAUGAGUGGAGGUUCAAUCUGAGCUUCCCUUGAGUGUCAAUGCUGUUUUUGAAUAGCUAGAGGGUGAGUAGUCACAUGGUAAGGUACGACACUAACCCUCCAGCUAUUCAAAAACAGCACUGACACUCAAGGGAAGCUCAGAUUGAACCUCCACUCUUUGAGUGGAAUGAGCUUUUAGAAUACAGGCGUUAGUCGCAAAGGUCAUAUCUCGUGAUUUUUUCUUGCACCAUUGCCAUUAGAGAUAUCGCCAUAACCUGUCGCCAUUCAGUUAGGUUCCCUUUCCUUCAAGCCUCAUCCCUCCCAUUGAGAAACUGAAAAGUUUUCCUGGACAAAUUUUAUUUGCUCGUGUGUGCGGCGAAAAAAUUGACAACUUUUCCUUGUGAAGGAGUCUUGUUCCAAAACUAGUCGUGCCAGCUUUUGGAGAAGGAAAAUUUGUUCGUGUGUAUGACCGCCAAGGAAAACUUGACAAGUGUACAAGGAAUACUUCUAUGGUUUCGGCAAACAAAAAAACUUCGCAAGGAAAACUUACUUGACUGUACACACGAGAAAGUAAACUUGUGAAGGGAAACUUGUUGACUGUACACACGAGAAAGUAAACUUGUCAAGGAAAACUUGUUGACUGUACACACGAGAAAGUAAAGUUGUCAAGGGAAACUUGUUGACUGUACGCGGCUUACUAAGAAAGUACUAAUAGUAAAAAUUUCAAUUUAUUUCAGGAACGACGGUUCGGAGGAAACGAAGCAACGAAUGAAAGAUUUCCUUACGAAUGCGAAAUCUUGUCAAGAUGUUCUGUUUGUGUUGGUCUGUGACGAAGCUCACAGGUAUUUCACGCCGGAAGUCGCCACAAGUUUGCCAUCUUUUCAAGAAUUGUCUCGCUUGCCAAACACGCUCAUUAUACUGGUCACACCUGUUCCUUACAUGUUUGAAACCUGUCAGUCAAGAAUUCGACCGGAUAAUGAAGUAUUCUGGAGUGAUCCAGGACAUUUUGUAGGUAUGUACAAUAGCUGCAAAAUAGCUGCUUAUAUUUUAUAUAUUACCAGGCUAAUAAACAAUUUUUCAACAUAAAACUCACAGUCUUGAAGUAUUCUAUAAGGCGGCAGUGACUACCUCGGUUGAAAUGAACUUCCAAAGAAAAAAGAAUGACAAUCAUUUUCGAAUCUGUCUAUUGCACAUACCAAAAUUCACGUUUAACUAUAUUUUCGUCUCAUAGGUCCAGUUUCUAUGUCAGAUCAGAAACUACUAAAGAACGAGGGUAAUCUGGUACACUUUGGGAUGCCAGAGUACAUUGAGACCUUAAGUUGGACGCAUCAAAUACCUUUGAUCCGUGAAGACGAUGAAUUCGAGUUUAUGGUACUACGUGCAAAUGUCCUCACUACAGUGCCCUCAAAUAUUGUCCGUUGUUACGUAUUGGUACACCAUUACACUACGGCCAUCAUGUGGUCGGCUGGGAUGCGGUCUAUUGAACCUCACUGUACCUUCAAGACACUGCAGGUCGUCAGGGAUAUUAUUGAAUGUCCUUUAUUGAGUACGGUUGGUCGAGGAUCUAUGUUGGUAUUGCGCAUUCCAAAUCAUGUUCUCGCUGCGUGGGCAUACGGGAAACUGAAGGAUACACGGGACAGGUGAGGAUUAUUUUGUUACCAAGGUUCCAAAGGGUAGCGCUAAAGUUAAGCCUCGGUCAAACGAUGACGGGAGUUGAUGAGAGUUCUCCCUCGCGUUUUUGUUUUGACCAUUUGUUGGUUUGCAAAUAAUGGCAAACAUUUAGCAUAAUGUGUUCGCUCUAUAAAUACGAACAUCUCUUUAAUUUGCGAAUUUGUGAAUAUAACCUACCUAUCGUCUGCUUCAUAGGGUUGGUUUUCAAUAUCGUUUUACAAUCAUUCUUGAUGAUGGCGAGUCUGAUUUAGAAAUUGAGGAACAUUUUCUUCACAGACUACGAGCAUGGAGGAACACGAAAGGUAUGGAUAUAAAUAUUUGGAUAACAUUUCUUUAUAAAAUUAUCCAAAUAUUUUUCAAACUAAACCUGAAUACGCGUUAAACGGAGACGUGUCAAACUACAAACCGCGGUUUACGGUUGGAGGUUUAACAUCAUGGAAAAAUCUAAAUGUCUCUAUUUUAUACAUUUAUAGAAUCUGCAAUCUUACUCACGUACAAUUAUCUUAUUUAGGCGCGGACAAUACGACAAAUGCCGACUGGCAUCCGACAUGUUACGAAGAUUUACUUGAUCUGCCAUGCAUUGUUGUGGUCAGCGGUAAGGAGAGAAAUGGCGACACUUACCCCAGGUAAAUGAUAUGGAGGAAAUUGAAAUUUUGAAAAGAUGUCAAAUCUAAGUUUUAAUUUUCAACUGGCUUUACAAGGCACCAUGCCUGUACAUUCUAUUUUUGUGAGGUUUUGUGGUGGUAUGGGGGUCUAGGGACAUCAGUAAAUGGUUAGACUUUCGCAUCUUCUCGGAUAAGGACGUUAAAAUCGUAGGUACCUCGGAUCCCCUAUCAAUUGGCAAUAGUCUGUUGGGAAAUCCGCUCACCAAUGAAUGAGAAACUCAAUAAACUCAAACAGCGUCUGCAAGCAACUCGUUUUUUUCUCUUUAGAUCUUUGAAGUACUGCGACUUUCGACUGUUGGAUGAACACUGUUCGUUUAGGUCAAGUUUGGAACUCGAAUUUAAUGCCGUCUCGCGUUACAUCAAUAGUGGCUUGGGCACUAGUUCCCAGGCCAAUGCGAGAAGUUCCGCUGACGGUAGUGAUCAUGAACGCGAUGUUUCCGACGCUGAAGGAGAUAGCAGAAACCAGUUUUGUUCCAGUUAUCCAUUACCGGUUUUACUGGUUUCCCGGGCAGCAUACAGGUAAAGAAAUGCGAAGAUCUAUCUGCGCCUUUCCCCCCAGUUGUUGUGACAAGUCUGGAACAAUUUGUUAUCACCUUGUCACAAGGUUGAUGAAAGUAACAAACUUGCUACAAGUUGUUCCGACACAACUAAUACAGGCUGUUCGUAACAAGUUGCUACGAGCUUGUUCUCAUCAACUUGUUACCAACUUGUUACGUGCAGAGGAUAUCAGACUUGUUGGAACAACUUGUUGCGAGUCUGUUGGCCUCAUCAACCUUGUUACAAGAUGAUAACAAAAUGAUAAAAAUUAUAAAAAUAGAUGAUAACAAGAUGAUAAAAAUCUCACAGCUUGUCAACAAAAUGUGUUUGUACUGCUUGUUGCCAGUUGUUGACGAGCUGUGAGAUUUUUACUGUACAGUACAAAAGGAAGUUGCGACUUAAAUCCGAUUCUUUCAGAGACUGCUUUCAUUUAUUUAAUCCAGGGUGGCCAGCGAAAACAUGUUUAAUUAAGCAUUCAAUUUUGUUACUUUAGCACACUUAAAAAAGAUUUCUUUGGAUGUCCCAAGAAUCUCAGUCUUGGUCCAGAUCCAGCCACUGCUUGGAACAGCGAUCAAAGACCAGCGUUGGUCAGUGGUCUUCCCUCGGAGCAAUCCAAAUAUUAUCGCCGCUGGACAAAACCUAGAGGUAAUCGUGACGAAUAAUAAUAAUACGUUUUUUUUUAAAUAUUUUAUUUUAUUAUACGAAAAAAAUAACUGUGUCGUUAAAAUAUUACUUUGUUCGUGUUAUAGAAAAUUUCUCUCGCAUGGGAAAAGACAAAACUUUUCUUGAUACAAGUCCAAUGAAAUUUUACCCUGCGUGCUUUUUGUUCAGCGGGCCUCCUCAGGUGAGCAUUGUGAUUGCGUUGUUAACUACUGUGUCUUGCCACGCCUUAUCGUAGUUAGAGUCAGGUGGCGUAGUCAACUGCAGUGAUCAAGAUAUAGAGAAUAAUAUGAACUCUUUCAUUAUAUGUAGUUUAUAGUUGCCUUGCAUUUAAUGGCCAUGCAUUGCAAUAAAUUUCCCUUCUCAACAGUUUUGAAGUUGACCAGCAUGCAGUGCCUCUUAACGCUUACUGAAAACCAGGGCUCGUUAACUUUUUGUGUGCCUGCGACCGCGAGAAUUAUUUGAAAAUGUGCCUUAUAAAAUUUAUUUUUUAACUUCUGGUUUCAAACGUUUAACAAAACGUGCCUGCAAGUAGUGUUUUUAAAAUGUGCCUGCGACCGUUGGUCCCAGCGGUCAUUCGUACACCCCGUGUUUAUACACAAUAAUCGCGAGGCUAUCGCGCUGUUUCCACAAAGCUGAUAGAUUUGUGUUGUACAAUAACAGGUGGGGAAGAUGUCCGCGGUUCUUCAUUUCAUCCAAUUGUUACACAACACGCUUCAGAAGUUGCAGCGUGUGGAUGUCUACGACGAAGUCCCAGACUCUCUAGCCGCGUCAGGAGAGAUACACGCCUCAGAGAUGGAUCAGCCGAGCUACAAAAUCUUGUCGAAAAUUCCCUUUGCCUCAACUCUGGUUGGAGCGAAGUUUUGCUCUGUCAGUGUUAUCCAUCAAAACACCGGGAACGCAAAGAAGAAAAUUGGGUCGAAAUUGACCAAUGGUGACGCCAGCAGAAGUGACGUCACCAAUGGCGUCAGCAAGAGUGACGUCACCAAUGAAGUAUGUGACGUCAUGGCUAAAGAUUCGCCCACGUCAUCAGUGAUGAUGUCAUCAUUUGCAGCAUAUGAUUCUUAUCAUCAUUGUGACGAUUGCAAGAAUUACCGCGAGGGCUUGGGUCCGAGUUUGUUUACGAAACACGUGCUCACGUUGGGAACUGGUGAGCAACUGACGUUCAUAAUCCCGAGCACGCGACGAGAGUGGUUCGUUUUUAACGAGCAGAAUGAACUGCAGACGUUGAAACUUCCGAUCGUUACUCGGAAGUCGAAUUCAGAGGGAUGGAAAAUUGUAAGUCGGCAUUCUGAGCGUGCGCUGAAGUCUCCCAUCUUUAUGCCUUCAAUCCGCCGGCCUGAACAAGGUAGGACCUCGUUUUGAUGUUAAAAUAUGUUAUUUCAUAGAAUUAAUUAACCCAGUGAGCGGUAGCGCUCUCUCUUUGACGAGUAAAAUCGUCUGAGUAAAAUGCUAAAGUGGGGUGCACCAGGGCGCAUUACACCUCAAUGGGUCAAAUUAAACUAACUUUAUUUCCAAUGGAUAGUUCUAUCAGUUGUGAACCUCUAACCAAAACUGCCUUUUAACAGGUCUGCUCAAUCUUUACCAUGCGAUGGAAGGACACGAGGGGGUUCACGUGACAUUUGUGAAGAACAAUGAAAUGACGUCAUAUCAGAAGGCCUGGCCAAAUCACGUGAUUGUUUCCUUGCCACCGAGCUGCAACUAUGAAGGACUGGGGAUGAUUAAAGAUAUUAUUAAGGUUGGUUAAAAUUAAGGUAUUUAAUUGUCUUGUGCAUAAAACACGACGUAUAGUUAUUUGGCAAAGCUCUCGAAUUUCGAUAAUCAGCCCUUUAGGAAUUUUACUUGACACCCAGUCAUGAUCAAGCGAUCAGAUUUUUAUUGCUUUGAAAAUCCCAUUAUUCUCCAAGCCAUCCAGUCAUGAUUUAGGAUCGCAAUAUUUCAUUGUCUUUUCAUUUGUUUUGAAAAUCCCACUGUUCUCCAUGCCAGCCAGUCACUCUUGGUGUCUUAUAAGCACGCUCAUAUAUGCUUGUUUUAGCGUGCUUAUGAGAAUCCCCUAUUUUGGUGUCUCAUAAGCACGCUCAUAUAUAUGCUUGUUUUAGCGUGCUUAUGAGAAUCCCGUAUUUUAGUGUCUCAUAAGCACGCUCAGAUAUGCUUGUUUUAGCGUGCUUAUGAGAAUCCCCUAUUUUGGUGUCUAAUGAGCACGUUCAUAUAUGUUUUAACUGCAUCUAUUAGCAUUUAUACAAAGGGAUUUUUGAAUAAAUCUUCCUACCGUUCGCUUUUUAAAAUUAUCUUUUACUUUUGUUUGUCCCUGUAGGAAUUUGCGACUCAGAAUUUGUUGGCAGAGCGUCAAAGACAGCAAUGUGACUCAAGUAAUAUAGUAUGGCCUUACAUUCACAUCAUGGACGACUCUUGUGUCAUGUGGCAAAACUUGAGCGUUGAUAACUCAAACAAGUAUGUUACAUCUUAUUCUACUUUUUCCACAUAUUCUGCUUUGGCUUACAAUGUUAGAAUUUCUUCAGAAAAUAUAUUCAUAUGAACUACAGUCUACAAUCGAACCGACACCUCUCUAAUACGAACACCUCUCUAAUACAGACAUCUCCCUAAUACGAACACCUCUCUAAUACAGACAUCUCUCUAAUACAGACAUCUCUCUAAUACAGACACCUCCCUAAUACAGACACCUCUCUAAUACAGACACCACUCUAAUACAGGCACCUCUCUAAUACAGACACCUUUCUAAUACAGACACUUCUCUAAUACAGACACCUUGCCCUAUCUAAUACACCGUGCAUAUUAGUAUUUUUUACUGCGUAUAACAAUGUUUUUGUGAUUUCUUACCGUUUCAGUUUCGACGAAGACGACCGUGGUAAGCCAGGAGACUGGUCACUACUUCGUACGACACAAGUCGUCGAAUCAUCUCCAAGUAUGACGUCAUUUUCUUUGAUCGGGUUCAACCAGUGGGGGACUGGAAAUGACACGAAGUAUAAACUGAACUCGUACUCAGCCUGCCACGUUCACUCGUCGUUAUUUUUAAACAUUGGUACGACACACCAUGUGACAUAUAACAGACGGUUAUUCUCCUGGGAGCAGGUGGACUUUAAUUUAAAACUAAACGCCCACGGUGGUAUAGUACUGCGGUAUAACCACAUGAACGUACUGACCAAGUGCAUUCCCGUCGGGGGUGGCCGCCAUUAUGACGUCACUCCUCAUAUUGAUGACAUCAUUUCCGUUCCUGAUCGUGACCCAGGUCACGUGAUUCCAAUCCCGGCCCAUUACCUUCUAGAGGAAUAUUUAAGAUUGAAAUCGGCUCAGAAGGUUUUCCCAGCAGCCAAUCAGAACGCGGCAAAUCCUGUUCUCCUAUUGGACUGUUUCAUUAACUUGGGUCGAGGCCUUACUGUUGAGUACCGUAGUACGUCUUGCCCGGACCGCGAGGAGCCUGGAUGCAGCCAAUAUGGCGGGCUUUUGUUGUACUUAUGUAACGGAUGUCACGUGACCAAGGAACUGCUGCGCGGUUUUCAGUUUUGUCCUGGGGCGAAAAUCUGCGUGAUCAGCUCAGAUCGCAGUACAUUGAGGGAUAACGUGGUUAAACUAGACCUUGAGGAGCAUUGGCGGUUUAGAUUAAGAGAUGAGUUUAAGACGGCGGGGAGUUUGGGGGACGGUGCGUUGUAUUUCUUGACUGGCACAUACGAUGGUUGA